AUGGCUUGGAAUCCAAAUGUCUUCUCUGUGGAUAUUCGGGUUUGUUCAAGUCAAUGCAUUCAUUGUUGGGUGGUACCUCAAAAUGGUUCAAGUGGUUUUUUUUGUACAUUUUUUUGUGCUUUUAAUAAUGAGGAGCGUAGGAGAGUUUUAUGGCAACAGAUCAGAGAUAUGCAGACUAUGGAGCCAUGGAUUUUGCUUGGUGACUUCAAUGCUACCAUUAAUAAGGAUGAAAUAAUUGGUGACAGAGUGAGGUCUCUCUAUUCUGAAACUUUCUGUAACUGUUUGCUUGACUAUGAUUUGCUUGAUAUCCCUUUCCACGGUUGUUUCUUCACCUGGAAUAACAAGAAAAUUCUACCUGACCACAUUAUUGCCAAGCUUGAUAGAGUUUUGGGUAAUUCAGCUUGGUUGGAAAAAUGUCCUCUCGCGAAUGCUUGUUUCUUACCAGAGGGUAUUUUUGAUCAUUCUCCAGCAGUGGUUUCCCUGAGUAAGGCUAUGGAGUUAGGGAAGAAGCCUUUUCGUUAUUUCAAGAUGUGGCAAAAGUUUAAAGGUUACCAUCAGUAUGUUAGGGAGGCACGGUGUAAGCUGGUGCAGGGCACUCCUAUGUUCAGAGUUGUGGCCAAACUCAAGAGAGUUAAAACUGCCUUGAAGAAUUUGAAUACCUGUAUAGUUGGUGAUAUUAGUACCUCUUAUUUUCAAUCUGAGCAGUUACUUCAUCAAGUGCAGCAGCAGGUAAAUGGUGACCCUCAUAAUCCUCAGCUUAUUGCUGAUGAAUUGAGGUACAGGCAGGAGCAUAACGCCCGGAGAGAAGCUUAUAUAGAUUUUUUGCGGCAAAAGGCAAAGAUGACUUGGUUGCAAUAUGGGGAUGCGAAUACUCAAGUCUUUCAUCAGAGGAUUAGGCAACGUAGGUUGCAAAACUCUGUCAUGGCUAUUCAUGAUGAGCAAGGUAAAUGGCAUGAUACUCCAAUGGGAAUUCAAAAUGCAUUUAUGGAGUAUUAUCAGAAUAUUUUGGGUGGGAAAUAUCAGAGAUGA